GCAGAGAAGUGAAGAUCGCUUUUUGUUUCUUUUUUAACAAAUUUCAGUGUUCUCAUUAAACAAACGUUAAACAAACACUUAAAAAAGAAAUUAGUAAAAAUAUUGAUUCACCGAUAACAGUAAAAAAAUACAUAUACUUAUUACUUUGCACAUUUAACUAUUUGGUUGAGAAAAUCAAAAGAAUAUUACAAAAUUAAUAUUUAUAUUGUGCGUAGUUGUUAAUGCGGACGCGUCAUAUCAAUACUUCUCGUUUGCUGUUAAGAAUAAAUAAUAUUAAGUAAAUCAAGGAAAUAAAUAAUACAAAUCGUAAAGAAGAAUAAAUUAAGUUAUACGAACGCCGAGUAUCGUUUACUCGUACAAAGCUCUUCUUAAUAAACUACUCAAGAUAAGUCAGUCGAGAUUAUAUAGAUCACCGGAAUACAUUAAAUAUGUUUAAAUUGAUUUGUUUUGCACUUUUGAUCUCUUUUGUCAUCGCGGUACCCGCGGAAGGAGAUGAGUCUCCGAAAGACAUGUCAAUUGACGAUUUCGAUAAUGAUGAUUGGGGUCUAGAUGAUAUGCCAUCCGAGUUGCCAAAUUCCGAAAUGAAGCAAGAUGAAGAAAAUGCGACUCCUGAUGUCCCAAAAGGUCCUAUUUCGUACAUUCAAAAGAUUCCCCGUCGCGGAGAAAAAUCCUCCACUGAAGCUCCGGAAGCAGCAGCUGAUCUUGCGGCAGCUGUGAUAGUUGAAAACAACGACGAUACAAGUGUGAAACGUGAGCGUCGCGACACACUGACACGAGAACAACGGAAAGAGCAAAAACGCCUGGCUAAAAAAAAUAAAAAUAAGGAAAAUGCUAAUGGAGAGAGUCAAACGCCGGUGGAGAAACCAGAAGAAUCUCAGCACGUUCCAUCAUCAACUAAACGACCAAAGAAACAGAAGCAGCAAAAGAAACAGAAACCAAGUCUCAACACAGAAGACGAAAUUCCUUCGGGCGGCAAUAAGAAACAGCGAGGCGGAAAUGGAGGCAAUGCUGGCAAGAAAAACAAGGAAGGCAAACAAAAAAAUCGCGAGGGACGACCAUCGAACAGACAACACGGAGGACAUGGACAAGGUAAAAAUGGUAACGCACAACGAAACAGAAAACAAAGACCAACGAAACAGCAACAACCUGAAGGUGCUCUACAAUAAACUGUGUGUGCCGUAUUAUCAUAAACCUUAUUAUUAUUAGUCUUAUUCAUGGCCAUAAAUAUUUAGUUCAUUUUUAUAUCUACGCACACAGACACCACAUCUCUCUCUUUCUCUCUUUAAAUUCACAAAUUACGCGAAAAAUGCAUUUAUUUGCAACAAAAAAAAAUAAAUAACAAUUCAAUUAUGACCCAGACCGACAUUUCCGAAUGUAAUUGACUUGUCCUUAACGUUCAUGAUGUUUACUCUUGUGAACUCUUAUUGAAUUGAUAGAAAUUAAUAAUAAUUUGAAUAAAAAUUUAUUAAAAAAAAAUAUUUUAAAAUACCGAAGUUUUACAUUUAAGUAAUUAUAAUUUAUGUAAAAGCACAUGGAUAAAUAAUUUAGCAUGAUAAAUA